AUGAACGAUAAAGAUCGUAAUAUAAAUAAUGGUUGGUCAUAUAGUCCCUCUGUAAAAGAGGAAGUCAAUAUAUCAUCCUAUCCACUUACAGAGUGUAAUGAUGUAACGAACCAUUCCAUCAUAAAUAGGCAUCGGCCUAAAGUUUGGGCCCAGACACGACAAGAACUUUGUGAGACAUUAAAUUAUUUUAGAACUUAUCAGAGCGGUGUGUAUCAUAAAGAUAACGUAGUUUAUUCGUAUCUUAUGGAUGCAUUUGGUGCGAAGCGAGAUGUAUGCAAUGGGCGCGUAAUUAUAUCGCAUGGUGGGGGUAAAAGCUCUAAACAGAACAAUGGUAGAUACGGGCUUUUUGAUUCGCAAUUAACCACUGACGCUUCGGUUAGCUCUCUGCUGAACAAUUUCGUCGAUAAACAACCGGUGAUCAUUAUCGUUGGUAAUAAGUGCUCAAUUGUUAAAUUCCAAGUUCCUGCACGGUUUUGCGUACUUGG